AUGAUGUUUACCCCUGUACUAUGUUUCUUCUUCAGCUAUGCUUUUACCUACGUUAUUGCGGCUUCGCCCGAUUGGAGUGAACAACAGCCAAUUGUAUAUGGAGGUUCUCUCAAGGACGACAGCUGUCAUGAAACGUGUAUAGCUCUCCAACAAAGCCUUGAGGAAACUUACUAUGGAUCCAUUCCCUCGGAUUUUACUCCCACCUACUACUCCUUCCAACAAGCAUCAGUUACGCCAGCUUGUAUAAUACGUCCUCAUUCCCCUUCUGAGGUAUCAUCCGCCAUGAAAAUCAUCCAAGAAUCUGACUGUCAUUUUGCUAUCAAAAGUGGAGGACAUAAUAUGAAUCAAGGGUUUUCCAAUGUGGAGGGCGGUAUUACUAUUGACUUGGUGAGAAUGAAGGGUAUUGAAAUCUCAGGGGAUGAGGAAAUUGUAAAGGUAGGAGCGGGUUGUAGAUGGGGGGAAGUUUAUGAGGUCGCGGAACCGAGGGGAUUGAUGGUCGUGGGGGGAAGGGAUUCGACGGUGGGAGUGGGAGGAUUCCUUUUGGGUGGGGGAAUAUCGCUUCUGUCCCAAAGAUAUGGAUGGGGUUCUGAUAAUGUUCGAAAUUUUGAGGUUGUCCUUUCCAAUGGAACAAUAGCAAAUGCAAAUGCUCAUGAUAACCCAGAUUUGUACUGGGCCUUACGAGGUGGAGGAAAUAAUUUUGGUAUCGUUACGAGAUUUGAUCUACAGACUUAUCCGCAGGGUCCUGCAUGGGGAGGCCAGAAUUACUACAUCUUCUCCGACAUCUCAGCCCAACGCAGUACAUUCUCGAUUCCUCCCCGCCCCUUCCUUCCUCUCUCCCUACGCUCCCUUACCAUUCCCCUCACCAGCCUUUUCCUCAAAACUGCCUGCCUCCUCUCCUAUUGCACAUCCACCACAACCUUCCUAAACGCCAUCCAAGACCUUAUCACGAACCAAACCUCCGACACCUCAAGCCAGUUCUACGGUUCCAUCGGUUACCUCGCCCAAUACGAUUUAUUCGCCGGAGUUACUUGUCUAACGAAUUCAAACGGUGUGGCUAAUCCGUCGGCAUUCGAAAGGAUAAGGAAAUUGGGGGCUUAUAGUACGAAUCGGAUUGCUAGUAUGGGAGAAUUGACGAAGGAGUUGACGAGUAUGGAUGUUUGGGGUGACCGAAUUCUCUGGGAGACCAUGACUCUCUACCCUCAUCCAGAGCUCUCCCAGAAAGCCCUGAACCUCUUCCUUGAGCAAAUAGAAGAGAUAAAACAUGUCCCUGGCUUUCUCCCGAGUUUUGUGUUGCAACCACUGGUUCCUUCUGUCCAUUCGAAUGGGAGUCAGAGUCCAAAUGGAUUAUCUGGAAAUGAUGGGACACUUAUUGUCUUCAACAUAAACAUAUGGUGGUCCUCCCAAGCCUCCGACUCCUACACCCCCCUAGUACAAAAAUCCACACACAACCUCAUCACCAAACUCACUCUGUUCGCUAAGGAACUGGGUAUAUUGCAUAAAUACAUCUAUCCCAACUACGCAGAUGCAAGUCAGGAUGUUUUUGCAGGAUAUGGAGAGGAAAAUUUGUCACGUUUGAGAAAAGUACAGGAGGCGUAUGAUCCGGAUGGUACUUGGAGAAGAUUGCAGAGUGGUGGAUUUAAGAUUUGA